CCCCCCCGCGCGGCUCCGCCCCCGCCGCGUCCCUGCGUUGCGGGCUCCGCCGCUUCGGGAUGAGCCGCGAUUCCCCAUGGAGACCAAACGGGCCGACAUCCCCAGCAGCGUCCUGGACGACCUAUGCAGCCGAUUUAUUUUGCACAUUCCAAGUGAAGAGAGAGACAAUGCAAUCAGAGUGUGUUUUCAGAUUGAACUGGCCCAUUGGUUUUAUUUGGAUUUCUACAUGCAAAACACACCAGGAUUACCUCAGUGUGGGAUAAGAGACUUUGCUAAAGCUGUCUUCAAUCACUGCCCUUUUUUACUGCCUCAAGGUGAAGACGUACAAAAGGUUUUAGAUGAGUGGAAAGAAUACAAAAUGGGAGUGCCAACCUAUGGUGCAAUUAUUCUUGACGAGACACUUGAAAAUGUUCUUUUGGUUCAGGGCUAUUUAGCAAAGUCUGGCUGGGGAUUUCCAAAAGGCAAAGUAAAUAAAGAAGAGGCUCCUCAUGACUGUGCUGCUAGAGAGGUGUUUGAAGAAACUGGGUUUGACAUAAAAGAUUAUAUCUGCAAAGAAGACUAUAUUGAGCUGCGAAUUAAUGAUCAGUUAGCACGGCUGUACAUCAUUCCAGGAGUUCCCAAGAACACAAAAUUCAACCCCAAAACUAGAAGGGAAAUUCGGAAUAUUGAGUGGUUUUCCAUCGACAAAUUACCAUGCCACAGAAAUGACAUGACCCCAAAGUCCAAGCUGGGUUUGGCACCUAACAAAUUUUUUAUGGCUAUUCCCUUCAUCAGACCAUUGAGGGAAUGGAUUUCCCGAAGGAAUGGAGAUUCCUCAGAUAGUGACAAUGGUUUUUCAUCUGCAGGAAGUACACCCUGUAAGCCCAACUUGGAAAAAGCUAGAUCCAAACUUCGCUGUAGUCAGCAGGUGUUUACAGAUGGCUUUUCAGGAGAGCAGUGCACCCACAAGCCAAAACAGCCACAGAAGCCAUAUAAUAAUGCUGAGGUGUCUGAAGUUUUGAAAAUAAAGAAUCAGAGCUUGAGGAACAAUGGCAGAAAGCAAUAUCAAGACACUUCCAGCCAAAAGAAGCGAACAAAUGGAGUCUACAGUCAAGCAGUUAAGCAAAACCAUACCUUGAAAUGUGAAAAAAAGCUUAAUCCAAGAAGACUUCAAGAUAACUUUGAAACAGCAGAAGCAGCAUAUGAGAUGUGUUGCUCCAGUGAAGACCCACUGCCAGAACAUGUAGAGGGACAUUCUAUGGCAUGCAAUGGUCAUUACAAAUUCGUUUUUUCAUCAAGAGCUUUCUUGAGUUUCAAGUUCGACCACGAUGCCAUAAUGAAAAGUUUUGACCUCUGACAGUAAACUUAAUAGGAAUAAAUCAGACUUGCCUGUUGCAACUGAGGGGGUUUCUUAUCCAGCCUUACUCUUUCUCAGGAGUUUUUUUGUUUUGUUUUGUUCAUUUGUUUUUAAAUGCAAUGCAGGGACUGACUGGUGGUUUGGAAGGGUUUGUUCUCUUUGCGGUAUGGGAGUGGCAUAGUCAAGUGUUGCACUUUAAAUGCAGUAUAGCCUUUGUCCACAAAAGUACCUUUCCAAUGUUCAGUUCAUGUGUUCCUAGCUGUGCAUUAGAGGGCAUUCAUUUAACUUGUGUUUCAUUUUUGGUGGUUUUUUUUCAUUUUUUAUUUUAAGUUCCUGUGUGUUUUGUAGAAUGUCAUUGACUUUUUUUUUGGAGUAUACCAGCUUGCUAAACUUUUACCUGCUUGGAUGUAAAUUAUUGGACUUUAGUUGUUAUUUUGUAGUAAAUUGCAAUAUUACGCAGUGGCAAUGAAACUAAUUCUCAGAGGACUCCACUUGUCCUAGUGAUUUUGACACCAAGUUGCACAUUUCAAACCUAGCCUCAGCCUGUCAUCCUUUCUCUGUACUGAUUGCUUGCUCAAAAUACCUUCUCUCCUUUACUCUGAUGGUUUCUGUUGGCUGGCAAUCACUAGUACUUGGAGUCAAAUCUGUUAACAUGUUGACUUCUUGUACCUACUCUUCCUUGGUCUUCAGGAAUCAUACACAGAGUAGAAGUUAGCCCUUCAAAGUGUCCAACUCUUAUGCACUGUCCCCAGCUGCAUGAGAAGAAGUGACAAAGUUCUGUGUUACCCUAGUUGCAGCUGCUUUCAAAAGACGAAAAGCUGAAACUUUGUCUGUGAGAGGUUGCUUGUGUAGAAUUUAUACUGAAUGUAAAUAAGCCUCUGUAGAUCUUGCUGAGGAGGAAGGCAGGUGCAUGGAUAAUAGAGGCAUUGUGUGACACUGAACAGCUUAAUCAGGCUUCCAAUAACUAUUUCAAGGGUGUUCAGUAUUGUAUUCUGUACUGUUGUCCUCAGAUCUCUUGUGUAGUGUAUCUGCUCUGUAUAUAUCCAGUAGUAUUGAAUUGCACUUGCAGUUAGCAUUUAAAUGAUCUAGCCUCAGUCGAUUUCAGCUACAGUGCUUUCUUGGGAAAAACAUCAAAGAUGGGGUGAGAGUGGAGGGGAGGAACAAAAAACCAGUGAGAGUUGAGGUGAUGAACUGUUACGUCACCUUCAAGUUAAUGGGUUUUGAGCAUGUGCUUUGCAAUUGAUAGAAAUGCACUGAAAUAAUCUGUCACAGCAGCUUGUGAUAGCAAGCAUGUAUGUCCCAGAUUUAAAAAUGGACUUUUCUCUAGAAUAGAGGUGAUUAAUUGGUAACUUCAUAGGUUGAAUGAACUACACCCUUGUAGUGUAUGCUCAUGCACUGAGUUUUUAUGCAACUCAUGCAUCAUCCAAAACCAAAAUCCUAGUCUUCCUUCAACCACCCUACUUCACCUACCCUACCUGAUCUGUUACCUAGUGCUUUUCCUCAGAAAUAGCUUUAGAACUUUCUCCUGGUUUAUUCACCUGCCCUGGCACCAGGUGAUUUGGAACUCUAAUGCUGUAAUAAUUUUGGCCAUAGGAGUGCUCAACUUCUGUAUCAGUCAACAGGAGAAAGGGAUUACAGCAUUUCCUCCUUCUAGAGGACAAGAGUUCUGAGGGCCUUGUUUUUCAAGACCAAAUUGUGAAAUAGCUCAAUCUAGCUUUGACUCACAUUUGUGUUUUGUUUGUUUUGGUUUGUUUUUUUUAAAAGUAUCCAAAGGCCGUUCAAAGCAGUAAAUGAUACAGAAGAGUAAUUGAGAAGGUGGGAUAAUGCUGGAGGAGGUUACGUUAUUCAGCUUCAGGUGAAAACUGAUCUUUAGUUACUUCCUUAGUGCUUUUUUAGUUGAUUUCCCAGCAAAAGUGCCUUUACUCAUGGUGAGGCAGAAGUUUGUAUUGGUAUCCUGAGGCUGCUACUGCCUGUGGAGAUGACAAGACUCUCCUAUGGCAUAAUUAAAUAUCAGGCUGUGGAAAUCUUUUUAUAAAUAAGUUGACUUUUCAGAUAAGUUAGUUAUAGUUCAUUAGUGCUCUGUGAAAUAAUGGGGAUGUUGAUGAAAGAGUGAACUUCGAGCAUCUGUCAUCUGUUUGGGAAGUUCUGUCCCAGACAAGAGGAAGUCUUCAAAACAUUGGAAGCAUGUCCUAUGAAUAGGAGAUGCUGGCUGCCCUCUGUUUACUGUGUCAUUUUUUAAUUAUAGGUGAAAGGUUGGUUCACUAUAAGAGACACUGGUUGCUUCAUUAAGCAACCCAAAGUGGGGCUUAUACAUGUCAUGAUUUUAGUAAAUCUAGCCUUAAUGUGAGUUGCAAAUAAAUGUGAUAAAUAUGCAAUAACUUACUUCUUUGUAUAAGGGUACUGUUUCUUGUAGUAGCAUUGCUUUCUGCUUUCUCAGUAAGGUUUCUAAAACUAUGUAAGUGUGGAGGCAUGUGAUCUACCCCAUGGGUUCCAUCAUGCCCUGCACUGUGAACAUUUUGUUUACUUUCUUUGUGUUAUUUCACCAUCCUUUUAUAAUUGUAUUUCUAAGUUUAGAAGUACUGUUUACAUUAUCUUCCGUAAAACAGUGAAGAAAUAGCAAGUGAGAUUUAGGUUUUCUUUCUGUGAGUUUUUACUUUAUGGGAACCAGACACAGAGAAACAAGUAACUGUUUGCAUGUCAGACUCAAGAGCUGGUAUCAAGAUACUUGAAAAACAGAUUAGUCAAUUUGAGAAUGCUUGCAUGUAAGGGGUUAUUAAAAUUAUGAAUGGUCAGUCAAUGUUUUUGCAGCUAAAGAACUUGUGGAAUAAACAAACAUUUAACAAACAAACCUACAGAUGUGUGGUGCUGGGAAUCUAGUAUUAGUUUGCAGUUUCCUGGUACUACAUAAACUCCCUGCUUUAGCAUGAGGUUUUUAGCAUCUCUCCUUCACAGAAUGCUCUGUACUUUGACCUCAGACUGAAGAGUGUCCUGUCCACUUGAGUGACAUAUGUUCUGUGCUGAAGUGCUACUAACUUCAACUCCUUGAUGUACAUCCAUCAUCCAGCUUUUGGAGGGAGCUGUGUCUUACACGGUUUGAAGUCUGGCAGCAGUGGUUAUAGGAAGAAGAGGGGAAAUAGCUUUAUUUGUUGCACAAUCAAAGUAUUUUUUUUAACACAAUGUAAAUUCUUUAGACCAAACUUCCAUAAAUAGUUUCUAAUAAAAUUUUGGGCCUAGUCUCUGUUCCAGGCUUCUGUGCUCUGCUCCAACCUUCCUGAAUUUGGUGAUUUGAGAACAAUACACUGUGUUUUACCUUGAUCUACCUGUGGCUGUUAUAGAUGUAACAGUUCCUUUUAAAAAUAAGGCAGGCUUUUCGUCUGACUAUUUCUAACAUACUUGGUCUCAGAUUGUAAUUUCAGAUAAGUUAUUUUUUCCAACCUUUACUUACUGUAGAAGAUUUGCUUUUGCACUCAUGUCAUUCUGGUGUGAAGAGCAGGAGUCUACAUUAAAAAUCCAAGCUCUGAUAUCCUGUGGUGCAAGACAGCACUGCUGCUCCAUGGGUGACUGGCUGCCCAGUUGUGGGGUUAGUGGGCUGCUUAAUCCUCAGAUACCUGGGGUUUUUUUAUAAAUUCUGAGCAACAGGUUUUUCUUCCAGAUGUAAAGUCAGGUGCCUUCAUGUUUUAAGUUUGGAGGUUAUACUCUUAAAUAUGUUAGGAAGCUCAUAAUUAUUGAGAAUUGGUAGAAUAGUCUCUCUUGAUGAUUUAAUUUCUGUAAAUAAACCAAUUUUAAUUCUUGCACUGUAAACGUUAAAUAAUCUGGUGCUUAUACAUGACUUCAUAAUUUCAAAUUGUUUUUGUUAUUACAAUAUUUUAACUUUUGAAACAACCAAAAUUAUUUAAGAUACGGUAAAUUUCUACAAACUAACUGAAGGUGCUUUUACAGUAAAUUAGACUUGGAAAUGUCACUAUUCUUCCAUAAUAAGUUUUUGUUCUUAUGCAUUUAUAGGAAUAGUGUAGUUCAAGAAAGUAGGCUAAAUGCUAGUAUUUGCACUGUUCUUAAUCCUGUAUGUAAGCACCGAUAGAUGCAGUAGGAUUUGUGCUGUGUGUGCAUUUCAUUUUCUCAUGUAGAUUAUGGACUUAAAAGGAAGACUACAUAGGUAGCAAUUACAAUGACCAUAUUCAAGAUGAUAGAAGAUUCCAGAUUAGAAGUAGUACUAUAAAGUUAAAUGCUUGGGUUUUAACUUGUGUUUUCAUUCAAAAUGUUAAGUGAGACUUAACUUUUUAUACAGAUUCAGCUUUACAGAAGCCCUUAUCUUUAAAUUGUCUCAGCUCUGAGAUGCUUCUUUUCAAGUCCUUCUUCAAUUCUUGCAGGAAAAGAAAGAAAGCUUCCUUUUAAGUAAUUAUUAACAUUUCACAGAAUACAGAAUGUUUAAAUUUGAAUAGGCCUAAGAAUUUUACUGAAAACGGAGUAUUUUGUCAUUUUUAAGCAUUUAUACUGUUGAUCAGAAAAACUGGCUUCUUGUUUCCAGUAUGGCUUACAGUUCAGUACCUUUAAGAAAAUGAUUACAGCUCAUGGAGCAUUAAUCAUUUUUAAAAAAGGCAUUUGUAGCUUUUUAAGAAUACAGAUCCUGCAAACACAGUUCUCUACAACACACUUCCUGCUGUGAGAAAAAAAACUUGGCAGAUUAUUUUAAGCAUGUUUGAUCAAAAUUACUAAACUAUGGAAAUUAACCAUUUGUAUCUUACUGGUUGGGUACAUAGUUUUGUUAUGCAGAAAAAGUAUGCAAAACUGCACGAUCAAGAGCUCUCAGCAAAUACUUCUCAUGCCUAUACUUGCAACAGGAUCCUUCAGUAAGGAUGUCUGCAAGACACUACAAUAUGUGGAAGUUGUGCUUCAUCCCUGAGGAGCAGUUUAGCUGCAUUUGCAAGGCACUUUUAAAAUUGAAAAGUGAAACAAGACUCUACAGAAGAAGGUGGGGGCUUGUCCAUUAAUUCUGGCAUAAUAAUGCAGGAUCCAGGCUGACUUGGGUAUUGCUUCCAAAAAAUAACAUUUUUCAGGGCAGCAUUGCAUGCCUGGCAGAAAACAGGGAGCCAGUGUUUUAUUAUAUGGCUCAUGCAUGAAGGGUUAUGUCUUCCUCCUCCUUUGUUUAAAGCUGAAGAACUUGAUCUGUUUUCCUCGCUUUUAUGUAAGUGGCACAUCAGUGCUAAUUAAGCAGAAAGUAUGUACAGCUAAUAAGGUUAAAAUCAUUACAGAUUUUAUUAAAUUUCCAUUAUGUUCUUUUGAAGAAAGUUUGCAGUAGUUAACCCUUGAAUUGUAUUAAGUAAAAUCUGUAACUACCUGUAACAUCUGCUGUACUGAUGAUUGUGAUUUUGUUAUGAAUUGAUUCAGAAACUGAAGCACACCAUUUAAGAGACUAUGACUAAGUUGACAUUUUCUUCUAUAUUUUCUCUGUAAAAUUAAAUCACUUUAUAAAUAAACUUACUGAAGUAUGAAUAUAAGGACUGCUGGUCAUUGUGAAAUGUAAAGCCUGUGCUGCUGCUACAGAUUAUUCUUUCACUGUAGAAUGUUUAGGUGUUGUCUUAAGCCAGUCAGCAGCAGUGAUUAUACAUAAUGCCAGGAAAACAAGUAUUAUUUUUUAAGGUAAAUAGCAAAUGUGGGUGAGGAGCCCAUUCAACACAAUGGAAAGAAAAAGAAAAUAAAAAGGUGUUGGAUAUACUGGAGAAAGGAAGUAUGGGAACUUCAAUCAGUGCUUUUAGAGUAUUUAUGAAAGAUUAUUUUUUUCUUUUUUGGUCUAUAUAACUUGUUAUUAAAAGAACUGGAUGUGUAGAAACAGU